UUUCCCAAAUAGAAGCAAGCAAACAGAAAAAAAUUACGCAAAUAUUUAUUAAUAAUGUUAAAACGAAAAAGCAAUUUUUUAUAUAAAAAUAAAAAAAUUUCAAAAUUAUUAAAGCUUUACUUUGAGUUACAAGCAAAAAGUUGUAUAUGAAAUUUAAAAGAAGAAAACAAAACAAGAAUUUAUUUAAGUUUUUUUUGUUAAAAGUUUAAUAAUAAAACUGUGAUCUCAUAAAAGGAAGAAAAGAAUUGCAAAAAAAAAAAAGGUUAAAAGUGAUUUUUGGGGAACUUUUUCUUAUACAAGAAACUAAAUUAUGACGGAUGCUUUAAAAUUGGCUGAAAUGCAACGCACAAAUAUUGAAUUUGAACGUCAAAGACAUUUGGCAAAUUGGUUAAUCAAAAGUAGUCCUCAUAUGGCAACGCCAACAGCAACAACAACAACUACAGCAAUACAACAACAACAACAACAGCAACAACAUCAAGCCUCUAAUACAUCAAGUAAUAACUGUGGAACAGCAACAACAGCUUUAACUGCAGCUACAGCAGCAAUCAGCAACAAUACAACAACGUCAACCGCAGCAGCAGCAACAAAUCCAUCAUCAUCAUCAUCAUUAAUACCAGCAACAUCAUUAUUAUCAUCUAGCAAUAAUGGAGCUACAACUACAACAAAUAGUGCUAAUUCACCAGCCAACAAUCUAAAUGGUUCGGCCGCCGGUCACACUCCAGCGAAUGCCACGAAUCAUCACCAUCACAAUAAUCACCAUCACUACAAUGCCAAACAACAUGGCAACAGCUCGGGUUGUGUAAGUGCUACUAACAAUACCUCAACAAAUACAAAUCCUGUUUUCUAUUUAAUGGCCAGCAAUGGUAACACUGGUGCUGUAGGCGGCGGCUGUAGUGCCAAUGCCAUAAGUUCAUCGAACGUCACCACCAGCAGUAAACACACAGGACCCUUUUUAGGGCCACACGCAGGCGCCGCUGUCCAUCAUCCACACUCUCAGCGGGGACUGCAUCAUUUGGCCGAGGGUCGUAAGGCGAAAUUGCGCAGAUUUAAUUCACACGAUACCAGUUCGAAUAUGUUUUCGGUGGCGGAUUUUGAAAAUGCCCGCUUGGCAAGACGUAAUGAAAUCGAAUUGAAACAGAGACUGCAACGACGUAUGCGUCAUGGUUAUAGUGGUGGGACAGGUAGUGGAGGUCUUUUAACAGGAGGACCUUGUGGUCAGGGUUUGCUGACAGGCGGUAUGGGUGAUUAUUCUACGGGUGAUAGUAAAACUUCGAAAAAUAGUAACGAGUCUCAAAAUGAACCCUUGCAGGUGGAAGAGUUUUUGGAACGCUAUUCCCUUCCACGUGUGGUGCGCAUUUCCUAUAAAACACUUUUCUCCAAUGAAACCCUACAAUCUUCUUCAUCCAAUAAUUCAUCCACCGCCACCUCAAACUCAUCAACGAGUGCUAAAAAUACGGCUCCAGCUACCUCUUCAUCCAACGAUGCAAAUAUGUUGAGUUCUAAUUCGAAUAGCAAUACGGGAACCUCUUCUUCAAGUACCUCUUCGGGUAUGGGUGUUGGAGUAAAUGCUAAUCCCUCAUCCCAGACUUUGGGUAGCAAUAGUAGCAAUAAUAGUGGAGGUAAAACUUUACCUAUGGAGGGUAAUCAGACAAAUGAUAAUGCCAAUCAUAAUGGCCAACAUGAGGAGGAACAGGGUGAACUAUUUUUACUAUAUCGACUGGUGCGUCAACGUCAUAUUUAUCAUGGUCAUAAUAGUAAGACUACAGCGGCUAAUCGAAAAAAGGGUGUAAUGAUACCACAGGAAUUUCCAGGCUAUUUCUCUUUACUCAACGACAAGGGUCUGCCCACAGCUACUCUAUACACUUCGCUGGUGCAGUUGGUGCGAGAGCGUGUUUGUAAAUUUGUCUCAGUGGAAAAUAUGCCAGCUUUUAUGGAAUCUCAAGCAAAUGGCAGUAAUGCCAAUUCCCCCACAGAAGGUUGUCUAAAUAUAUAUUCCUCAAACUCGAAUAAUGCCAACAAUCGACCUCAAUAUGUAAAGACCACAGCCCGGGGAGGGCAAGUCUUUAAAUUGUUGGCCGUUUAUGAAGAUGGCAAGCAGGAACAUACAGCUAUAGGCUCUACCAUAUCAUGUGGUGGACUGGGUAAUUCAAAACCCAACUCCAGUCAUGGUCGAGAAAAGGAAAGAAGUCGUUAUGCCCAACUAUUAAAUGAACAAAGACAAACUCUUUAUGUCUCACUGGCUACCAAAGGUAAAUUCUAUGAAAUUGAGCCGGGCAUACCACAAAUACUGCAAAAACGUUUGGAUAUGUCUAGUGAGGCGGGUCAGAAGAAAAUCAAUCCCGAUUGUGUGCAUAGAAUAACGGCCUUGAUAACCCCACUCAAAGAAUUACCCAUGACCCUUAAGUACAUUUCGGGUCCCACAGGCUGUGCCAAUGCAAUACCCGAAAAUAUUUGCAUCAAUAGAAUUACCACUGAAAAUGUGAUUAUAGCCUGUCCCAUAGAAGAUGUCGAUAUGCAAAGUCCUUUGCACUUGCGUAAAUUACAUUUAACCAAAGAAAUGCAAUUGGUCAAAAAUACUUUAGGCUUUGAGAAUGAACAACGCAUGUUGGCCAAUCCCAAUGUACAGAACAUUUUGAAAUUUUGUCAAUUUAACUGUGAUCAGUUUUUAAAAAUGGUAGAAGUAGAAAUUUUACAAAGAUCUGAAAGAUCCAUAUCUAAAUCACGAGUAGAGGGUUUAAAAAUACUUAAGCCCUUGCAUCUGCCCAAAUUGCUGAGAAGAGAAAAGACAACGAUAUCAGCUCAUGAAAAAGAGGAUUCUAUAAUAUUCUUGAGUAAAACGGACUUACAAAAUCUAGAGAAUAAAGAGCAGGCCUUUGAUCAGCAGGCCAAUAGAAUAUCAGAGAAAAUGAAGGUUUUCCAAUCGACCAAAAAGAAAUGGUUUAAGAAACAGGAUAAGAAUUCGGUGAAAUCUUUGACUUCUUUGGAUUUAGAUGUACAGGCCAAGAAAAUGAGCAUGGAACGUUACUCGGAUAUGUCUAAACUACUGCAAGAAAGAUUUGGUGAUAAAACCCAUACACAGCACGAACAUUCAGAAUGUGCUUCGGAACUAAGUGGCGGUAAUUCGGAUAUAGGCUGUUCCGAUACCGAGACCACUACCUUGGCCACCAUUAAUGAAAAGUUUAAUAAGUUCGCCUCGAAUGAAAUCAUGGCUACCGAACCCAAUAUUUUGCAAAAAUCCAUGUCUUUACAAGAUAUCGAUGUUAUAGGCCGGCAACUGCGUAAACCCGAUUUAUUGGCUUCACAUCACACCACAGAUACUAUUUCAGAAGCUGGCACCGAUAUAGAAGACGUGGAGAAUCGUGAACCUCUACAAACCUCGUUUAUAACCGAAAAACUUUACAAUGAGUUUCAUGUGAAAACUAAGCAAUAUAGUAAAUCCUCUUCGAGUUUACAUCAACUGCUCAACUUUUCUCUACCGCAGAAAAUGCAAAUCGGAGAAAAUAAGAGAUCUCUAGCCCAACUGAAAAAUCAAACAAAUCAAAAUCACAGCAAUAGCAACAAUAGAUCUUUUGAUAAAAGACUAGAAUUCAAUAUAGGAGAACCGGUUACCGGUCGUAGAGCUGCUGGUGGCCUCUCCCUCUUGGGCCAUCACUCACAAUCACAAAAUACUUCUUUAAUGUCACCUCUAACACCCUCAAGUCUUAUAGAAGAUGAUUUACCCUAUUCCAGUGUACGAGACUCUUUGAUACUAUCCAGUGAUGAGGGCAGUCCUCCCGAUGUGCCCGCGGGUACUAUACGACAAGCUUUACAUUUAUUAGACUAUACCAAGGAGAAUAUAUAUGCGGAAAUAUGCCAUGAAGCUAGUGCCAUGGGUGGUAUACCUUCUUCUCAAACACGUGAUACAUUUUCGGCAGCUACACAUUCCACACAGAUCUCAGAUGAUUAUGGGGACUAUGCCUCACUCACCUAUACCCCCCAGCAAGCAACAACAGCGGCAACCUCAGCGUCGGCCCACAAUCUUGGUAGUGCUAUAAGUCGUGUACAAAUUAAUUGCUCGGCCAGUCCAGUGUCCUAUCACACUGUUUAUCUGGGCGAUGAACCUUUAGGAGAAAAUUAUGCUGCCGAUAAGGUCAACCACAGCAAGUCAAUAACGAACAGCAACAACAACAACAGUAAAAACCAUAAAGCGCGUAAUGAUGCGCGGUCCCAUGUCACUACCGUCGAUGUGGGUGCUAAUGGCACUAUAGGUGCUAGGGCCUUAAGCGGCAGCCAGUCUGAUUCAGGUGGUCUUGACAAUAUUUAUAAUACGCUCAAAUGAUGACUAAUGUGAUUUAGUUGGAAAUUGGGGGCAUCAGUUUUAAGUGUUAUUAGUGGUAAAUUAUUUUGAAUUGUGCGAUGAUAGUGGGUUUAAAAAUUUUGAUGAAAGUUUGGAGGAGAUUUUAGUUUUUCGUAUAUAAAAAUGGUUCAAGGGAACAGUAUAGGAUUUUUUUUUUGUUAGGUGAAAUAUGAAAUUUAUGUUCAGUUUUAAAUAAUUAGGAACAGAUAAAGCUAUUAAGGUGGAAGAGUGUUACAACUGAUAUAUAAAUCAUUUAUUUUUAAUCAAAAUUUUUGCAAAUUUAUUCAAAUUUACAUGAGAAAUGCUUUAGAGAGUCCUUAAGUUCUUUCCAAAGUUUCUAAAAAACACAAAUACGAUUCUAAUUCAAAGCUUCGCUUAACUAAAAAGCUUUUUUUUCCUAGUAAUAAGUUGUAAAAAAGAUCUCUGUAAAGCUUUUUUUAAAUAAUAAUAACAACAAUUUCCAAUGAUUUCGGUAUAGAACCAGGUGAUUGGUAGAAAGAAAAACUUCUAAGGAGCUUUUCUCAUAUAUUAAGCUUAAAUCUUUAAUCAAAGCAUUCAAUAAUUUCGUUAAAAUUUUAAUUAACUUUUUAUUAAAAGUUAAUUUACCCAGUUGUGGUAAAUUUGUGAAAUCAAAGUUUUGCUACAGAUUUUUUCUCCAAUUAAACUUAAGUUCUAAAUCGAUCUCGGUAAAACUUUGUUUAAAGUUGUAAAACGAUAAUUUGUCAUGGCUUUGUUUUAAUUUUUAUAAAAGCAAACCUUUUCGUUAAAAGCUUUUUUCCCUAACAUUCGAUAAUUUCAAAAGCGAAACCUGAUUUUGAACUAAAAAGCUUAAAUACACACUGAGAAAGCUUUAACUUUUUAUAACGUAAACUGACAGUUUUUUAUGAAAUGAUCUCUACUGAAUAUAUACAUAGUUCUAAUCUAAUCGCUUAAUUACGAAAUAUAAAAAGCUUUUUAUAUUCAAAAAGCUUUAGAAUUUUGAUCAUCCCUUUCAGCUAAAUAUGAACUUUAACCUAAAAGAGAAUAUACAUUUGAAUGAAGUCUAGAUUAUACAUUUGACUGUAGUCUAGAUUAUAGACUAGACUAUAGACUAGACUAUAGACUAGACUAUAGACUAGACUAUAGACUAGACUAUAGA